UCCGCUGCUGGGAUCCAAACACGUUGGAAGCGUCUUGAUAAACGCAUAUGAAUCAUUAUUUGGCUAAUUCUGCUAUUAGAAGGCUUUUAUAACUUGGAACGUGUACACACUAUCGUUGUUAUUUCCAGCUGGAUGAUCAGCGCUGAGCAGGUGUCACCAUGACAACAGACGAAGCAGAGUGUCACCAGAAGAAGACGAGGCAGCAGGAGGAGGCCAGCCAGGACCCAAAGCCGCCCUCCCCAGAAAAGGAACACUUCCGGUCCCGCAACCGCAAUUCAGCCGGCCGUGGCCUCUCUCACCUUUUCUCCUCGUUCCUGAAGAGACGCUCGCAGUGUGAGACCGAGGGAGGCGAGAACGAGGAGGAAGAAGUCAAAGCCCCCAUUGCUGAUCCGGAACCUGAGUUGAAGAUUGAGGGUGAGGUGGCUCACGACCAGCACUCAGUCAGCAGCGCUGAGGCCCAGGCUGCGCAGGUAAAGAAGAAAGAAACUGAGGAGAGAGAAGAGUUAGAGGAGGGUGGAAAAAACAUAGAGCUCAACAAGGAGAAAGCAGAGGUGGCUACACUGGAGAAAAAGGAGGAUAACAAGGACGGGGAGGAGAAGGUGAAGGGGAAGGAGGGGGGAUCUGAUGGUAGUAGUAACGGAGAGGAAGAAGAGAAGGCCACAGAAGAGGAUUCCAAAACUCCCAGAGCUCCACGUCGCCCCAAAACCAUGCAGAUUGAAGUCACCCUGCUGGAUGACACUCUGUAUGAGUGUGAGCUGGAUAAACACGCCAAAGGCCAAGAACUGUUCACAAAAGUAUGCGACCACCUCAAUCUUCUAGAAAGAGACUAUUAUGGGCUGGUCAUCUGGGAGACACCCAAUGUUAAGACCUGGAUGGACCUAGCCAAGGAAAUCCGCAGGCAGGUGCAAGGUACCAACUAUGAUUUCACGUUCAAUGUGAAAUUCUACCCUCCGGAUCCAGCACAAUUGUCUGAAGACAUCACAAGGUACUACCUGUGUCUUCAACUGCGUAAGGACAUUUUGCAAGGACGCCUGCCGUGCUCUUUUGUCACCCUGGCCUUGCUCGGCUCCUACGCUCUGCAGUCAGAGUUAGGCGAGUACGACCCUGAGGUACAUGGCAGUGAAUAUGCGAAGGAAAUGAAGAUGGCUAAUGGGCAGACCAAGGAACUAGAGGACAAGAUGAUGAAGCUGCACCACACGUACAGGUCAAUGAGUCCUGCUCAGGCUGACAUGAUGUUCCUGGAGAACGCAAAAAAGCUGUCCAUGUAUGGAGUCGACCUCCACCAGGCCAAGGAUCUCGAUGGCGUUGACAUCAUGCUGGGAGUUUGUUCCAGUGGUCUGAUGGUCUAUAAAGACAAACUGAGGAUCAACCGUUUUCCCUGGCCCAAAGUCCUGAAAGUCUCUUAUAAGCGCAGCAUCUUCUUCAUCAAAAUACGUCCCUCAGAGGUGGAACAGUAUGAGAGCGCCAUAGGCUUCAAACUACCCAACUACAAAGCAGCCAAGAAACUGUGGAAAGUUUGUGUAGAACAUCACACCUUUUUCAGGCUUACAUCCACUGAGAUGGUUACAACUCCCAGGAAGUUUCUGGCUUUGGGCUCCAAGUUUCGGUACAGCGGUCGAACUCAGGCUCAAACCAAACAGGCCAGCUCUCUCAUUGACAGGCCAGCUCCUCUUUUCCAGCGCACCUCCAGCAAGAGGAACUCCCGCAGCAUGGAUGGAGCCAUGUUGUCCACCCCAGACAACAAAUCCAGCCGGCCAGUCAGCGCACCCAUCAUGUCGCCGCUGUCUCCGGGGGAGAACACGCCGUCGCCGCUCUUACACACCCUCCAUUUCGCCAACCGCAGCCACAGCUCCACGCCCAAGUUGCAUCGCUCUGGAGACAGGAAAGCAGAGAUAAAGGGCCAUAGUCAGAAAACUGACUCCACCAAAAACCAGAGCCCCAGACCAGAGUCCACUCCAGAAAUGAAGACAUUGUCCAGGAGAGAACGGAGACGUUCCCCCUCUGUGACCACCGCCAAUGGGGAACGAGAGAAAAAGAACCAGCACUCUCCUCAGGACAAAAAGACGGAGAUGAUGCGAGUGAGGAAGAAACGAGCUAAAAAACUUGAGGGUGAAACUAUUUAUAUCAGACAUAGCAAUUUAAUGUUGGAGGACGUGGAUAAAACCCAGACUGAGAUCAUGCGUCACCACACGAGUAUCAGUGAGUUAAAGAGGAGCUUCAUGGAGUCCGUACCAGAGCCUCGACCCAGUGAGUGGGACAAGCGUCUUUCCACCAACUCACCUUUCCGCACAGCCAGCAUUAAUGGCCAGCUGCAACCAGGGUCUCCGGUGUUGAAGACGCAAAAAAUCACCAUAUCAGACAUCACCAACUCUCUACGAGGAACUAUAGCCUACAAGGACAUCCCCUUGGUUCACACUGAGACGAAGACAAUUACAUACGAGUCAGCCCAGGUGUCUCUCCCACAGCCGGUGGACGCUUUGGCUGAACGGGACUCAGGAGUGCUGCUAAGUGCCCAGACCAUCACAUCCGAGACCAUCAGCACCACUACCACUACCCAGAUCACGAAGACAGUGAAAGGAGGAAUCUCCGAAACCCGCAUUGAGAAGAGGAUCGUUAUAACUGGAGAUACUGAAAUUGAUCACGACAAGGUUGUUGUGCUUCAUUUGUUUAGGCUUUGGCUCAGGCUAUUAAAGAAGCAAAAGAACAACACCCAGAUAUGUCUGUCACCAAAGUGGUCGUUCACCAGGAAACCGAAAUUUCCCCCGAGUAGACAAGCUCAUCCUUUGGAAGAUGCCGACAUGCCUCUCCCACCCAUAUCACACCCUUUUUACCUCAGAGCCUCACCCAACAGCACUGCCUUGGACAUGAAACAUCAAGAUUACAUUAGAAGGACCAACUUCUUCAUGGAACUACGAACUUUAAGAUCUGUGAUUGGGAAGUUGUGUCACCGUAGAGUCGCAGAAAAAAAGAUUCCCAAGAAACCUCACAGUUCCCUCUCCUGUUCUACUUAAUGCCAAAACACCGACCGAGGGACAAUUUAAAAAGAAAACCGUUUUUUAAGGAAAGACAAAAGAUACAACAGUUGAAUGAUACCUCUCCAAUUUGGAGAUUUGAAGAAAAAAUUUCAAAUGGGCAUUUGGUCUUUUAAUCUUUGAGAUUACUGAAAUGUAUUUUUGUAUAGCUUUUCUUACAAGCAGAAUUGGUUACGAAUAAUGUGGAUCACUCCAGUCAGGUGUCUUUUUUUCCUAACAAAGGGAUUCAAACAGCAUCAACACAGUGAAUGUGGGUAAUUUUCUUGGGAUAGUACUCAUCAAGACUCAAGGUUCUCUUCCCAUUUGCUUUAAUUUCUUGUACAGUGUAUUUUUCACGUAGUUGCCCCCUCCCUUUUAAUGUGAAGAAAUGUUUUUUUCAAUCAAUCUGAAAAAAAAGGAAUCAUUUAAUCAGUUCUUACCCUAUCUUUGUUUAUUGUUUCAUACUUGCAAUAGUGGAGACCUUUAAAUGUAUUUAUUCUCUGCGCUGUCUUCUUUUUGUUGUUUUUGUGCUUUAGGUCCUCUCAGCACACAUAUGCAGCUUCAUUAUUUUCUAUGAACAGUUUGCCACUUGCAACGAUGGUCAUUUUUUUCUGCAAUUUUGAUAUAAGGGAGUUGUCGUAGUCUCAAGAAAGAAGAGAGCACAAGAGUUAAGAUUAUCUGUUUGCUUUGCUUGGGAUUAAGGGAUAAUUAAUUGAAUGUUACUUUUUGAAGUACAAAAGCUCUUUGUGCCAUCACUUGAAUCAUUUGCAUUGAGGCCGAUUAAACCAGUAAAUGGGUCAUUGGUUCAUUGUUGUUGCAGUAUACAAAGGUUCAAGGUUACAAACAAUGUGCUGUGAACCAGUUUGCACAGCGGUGUAAGAAUGAUUUUAACUUUACGAUGGUGUAACCAGGGCGGCACGGUGGCUCCGCUGGUAAAGGAUUGUUCUGAGGACCCAGGUUCAAUCCUGGCACCGCCUGUGUGGAGUUUGCAUGUUCUCCCCAUGCCUGUGUGGGUUUUCUCCAGGCACUCCGGUUUCCUCCCACAUCCCAAAAACAUGCAACAUUAAUUGGACACUCUAAAUUGCUGCUAGGUGUGAUAGUGAUCGCGGCUGUUUGUCUCUAUGUGCCUUGCAAUUGGCUGGCAACCAGUUCAGGGUGUACCCCCCCUCCUGCCUAUUGACAGCUGGGAUAGGCUCCAGCACUCCCCGCGACCCUCAUGAGGAUAAGCAGCAAAGAAAAUGGAUGGAUGAAUGGAUGGAUGGUGUAACCAUAGGUAGGUUGGUAGGUUAGGUCAUUCCAAUUUACAUAUUACAAAUUUAUGCUACGUUCUCCCAGUAAGAAUGCAAAUUUGUCGUAAACCAAGGACCCCCUGUAAGCCUAUUGAUAAUUUCUACGAAUCAUGAAUAAUGCAAUUGAACCACCAAAGUCAUACGGACUCCAUUACAUGAAGCUGGUUUAUUCCAGAGCAAUUAUUUUCAAACCUUUACUUGUCUGAGCGCUGAAGUGAUGAGAGGUCGGCUUGCUCAAGACAACUUUUUAAGAUUCAUAACACUCAUAUAAGUACACAGUACAUAUGGUGGGUGUUGUAGAGUCCAUUUGAACAAAAAAAAUCAUUCACUUGCCAAGUGAAUGUGUUGGCAUGUGCUAUACGCGUGGCACUGUGGCAGAAGUGUUGAAGAAGCUUAAUGUGUGUGCCUGUGAGUUCAGUUUUGUCGUUAACCUGUUACCCUCCUUCAAGACUUUUUUUUAAUUAAUGAUGUUAACUUGUUGUUUCUUGAGCAAUACAAUAGUGUGCUUGGCAUCCUUGACAUGUCCUAUUGAGUUUUAUUUAAUGUUUCUUUGGUCACCAUUACACUUACAUGACAGAAAAACACACUUAUCAAUCAUUGACAUUAUUUCGUCUCCGAGAUGAUGUCUCGUGUCAUGGAAUGGUGCACAAAAUGAUAGUUCAUUUUUCUGCAACUUUUUUUGUUGACAAAAAAUUUAAGUUGUGGCUUUAGAAGCGUUUGGUCAGAGAGGUUCCACUGUACACACACAAAAACAUUUUUUAUGUCUGCGACCUAAAAUGGUUAAUAAAAGGCAUAAUAUUGUUAAAUACAUGUACAUUUACAAACUGAAUGUUAAUCGCUUUGCAUCACAUUUUUUAAAUGAUCUCAGUUCAGUUAGUUGUGUUUUUUUUAAAUACAUCAUAUUUUCAAAAAGAUUUUGACAUAUUCAACUGUAUAUCCAGAUUAUCGACUUGAAAUCUUACAAAUCUCAAUUAAAUUUGAUUCCACUACAGUGAGCCGGUUUACCUCAGUUAGUCAAUAUCAACUCUUGCCUGUACUCUUUCGCCAUAUUUUCAUGUACAGCACAAGUGUAACUACAGCAGAUUAUUCCCAGCUAUUUUUGGAAUUUUAAGAACUGGUAUUUUAAUAAUGUUCCAGCCUUGGAUGCUGGUUUGACCUCUGAUUUUCAUCAUUUUCUUUAUUUUGCUGGUAAGGGUCCACACUGAAGUACUUAUGGCAGAUUGUUCUUUACUUAAAAAGUACUCAUGAAUUUGAUACUAACAUGUGAUUAAGGAAAAUAGCAUAUUCAAAUGCUGAAUUAUUGUUAUAAACCAAAAAAAUGAAUUUUCCAUGAGAUCCUUUUGUACAGUAUAUGACAGACAUACAUUGUGAUGUCAUGAUUAUCAUAUAAAGUUUAUAAGGUUAUUGUACACACUAAACUUUUACAUUACAUUCAUUCAAAUAUAAUUUGUUUUUACAAGAACAUGAAGACAUCCUCCACUUUAACUACUACUGCUAACAUGUUCAGUAAGGCUGGUGUCAUUUUUUUUUUUUUGCAACAUGAUGCAAUAUUCUGUACAGUUCAAGAGGUAGUUGAUUGUUAAGUGUGCUUUUGUCUCUCUUGUGGCUCUAACUUAUUGGAAGCAAGCAAAAUUUCUGUUCUCUGUUAAGUGUACACCCACAGUAUCACAAGGAAGACAACAUGUACUAAAAGAGCACCAUGCACUGAAUAAAAUGUAUUUUAUCCUUUUCAUUGUGAACUACUUGAUUCCCCGAAGCAAAAAAAAUAUACAAUUGUGUAUUCUGUACAUAAUA